AUGAGCAGCACCAACGCUGCGUUCCUCAAGGCGCGGCCAGACCACGUGACCCUGACCGUCUCGGCCGUCACCACCAACGCUCCGCACGCGCUCGACCUCGUGACAAUUCCAAUGAACUGGCUUCAGACUCUCGAGUCGUCCCGCAAAUGA